UGCAGGUAAACGGUAUACUUCGCUAUACUUCGGCUAAAGUGUGUGAACGUGUCGUCGUGUGCUAGCGGCCCAUCCAGGGUGCGUUCCAGAGAUCCCGGAGUACCCCGUGCCGCCGAACCAAAAGUCCAGGGGGUGUAGUCCGGCUGAUCCCAGUCCCGAUCCUGUCAUCUGGGGUUCAGCACAUGAAUAUAUAGGAUGACGUUCUCUUCACUGGAACCAACAAGCUCAAGAAUGUUCCAGUCGCUGUGCACGAAGCAAGCUCCGUGAAGACGUAGUGUUCAGGUUGGACUGGAAGAUCUCGAGCAUCCUGCACAGAGUUGUGACCGCAACCCUACUGAACACCUUUGGGAUGAACUGGAGCUUCCUCGACAUCCAAACAUCAUCGGCGCCUGACCUCAAACUCACUAAUGCUCUUCUGGAAAAGUCUGAACGAACGCAAAUCUCCAAAGACACACACUCCAAAAUCUAUUGGAACGCCUUCCCGGAAGAGUGGAGCGCAUUAUAACAGCGAAGGACCCCGGGUCUCCACUAGGGGGCGGUAAUGAGCGUUGUGAGUUUUCUUCUUCGGGGGCGUUUGGAAUGAAAACAAACUGCGAGGCACGUACUAGGCGUAAACACUCUCCACGUUAGCAGUGUUAUUGCGUGUUUAUAGAGCGGAGAGCUUUAUUUUAUUUCAUUUCAUUUUAUUUUAUUUGAGUUCGAUAGUUUGCUCACUCGGCAGCAUUUCUGACGCCACCGGGGAGCAGCUCGGUUCUGUCCGCCAUGCCUCAGCCACCGGAGGCCGGGGAGCGGCAGCAGCAGCUCCCUCUGGUCCGCUCGCUGAACAGUCGGCUCCCGGCUCAUGUGCUGUUCUGUAACCGCAGUCCCCGCACCGUCAGGCUGCUGUGGAUUAAUUUCCAGGGACAGCCGGAGUCUUACGGCGAGCUGAAGCCGCAGACCGGGAGGAGGAUGAACACUUUUGUGGGGCACCCGUGGAUGUUUCGUGAUGCUGAGACUGAUGACCCAAUGUUUGUGAAUAAUAAAGAGAUGUACUUGCCCAAUGCGCUGGAAAAUGGCCAAGUAUCUGUGGUCAACAUCACACUACCAGUGUUUUCCCUGAGGGAGCGGUGUCUGCAGGUGGUGAGGAAGCUAGUGCGUAUUGAAGAUUUCUCCCGGUUAGAAAUCGCUCGGAGUCUUCAGGAAGAUCUCUCUCAGAAGCCGAGCAUCCACUCAGACCUGCAGCGCAUCAACCAGAGAGUGGAGCAGAGACUGCUGCAGAACAGAGAGGAACAGAACACCUGAACAUCUCCACUCUCUUUAUUAUGACUUAUUAUCACUUAUUAUUAUUAUUAUUAUUAUUAUUAUUACUGCACCCCCAGGUCAAAUGUUGAGCCUGGAGAAACACAGCUUGUUUCUUGAAUGGAAGAAGCAACAUAACAGAAAGCUGUUUCUGUUUUUGACUUUAAAACGACUGACGUUCGAUGUUCUUUCACUGCAGGAACCUUUUUCAGGAACCUUCUUUCAGGACCUCUUGUUGUUGUUGUUGUUGUUUGUGUGUUUGUUUUGUUUUAAGGAGACAGAAUGGAAAAAUUACAGAGACUGUAUAAGAGAGGAAAAGCGUGUCAGAAUCGUUCUCUGUUAAAAGCCGAAGAGCCAGAAAUUGAUUGAAAGUCAAAAAAAUAUCUAUAUUUAAUCUAUAAAGGUGCAAGAGUCAAAAAAAUCUUUAAUACUUACUCGGAAAUGAUGAAGAAAAACGAUGGAUUAAAGACGUCUUAUAAGCAGACGUUUUUAAUUUAAAGUCGGUUCUAAAGAAAACAUGUUUGGAAAAGCGUCUUUUGGUCCGGAAUGCUUGUUUGUGUUUGGGUGUGCCUCCUGUCAAUCAUUUUAUAGACACUCUACUGGCCUACUGAGUUCCUGAGGGCGGAGCCUCUUGAAAAUGGAGUGAGGGAGAAUGGGGGAGUAAACAAAACUGAAUAAAUAAAAAUAAUUUGAACCCACCUAAACGUUACAGAGCAAAUGUUGAAAAAGUUUUAAAAUACAAAAUUGUAUCAAAUGCACCUUUUAAAGUAAUUAUAAAGCACAGUGUCAGAAAACCAAAGAUGAAUUUAAGUCAUUCGAUGAUGCUGGAAUAUCGUUUAAAUUAUUAUUAUUAUUAUUAUUAUUAUUAUUAUUAUUUUAAUUCUUAGACAAUCUACUGCAUUGGUUUGUUUGUAUAAGUGUUUCUGAAUAUUGAUGUAUAAUAUUUUUGUACAAAACUUGAAAAAAAAGUUAUGCCUUUUCUAAAGACUUUAUGAAGAAUUAAAAAAAAAAAAAAAAAAAAAAAAAAUCCAGGCUAUGGUUCACUAAGGUUUGUACUAAUCUCUAGGAUAAAAAAAUAAUAAAAUAAAUAAAAGGAUGGUUGUUUAUAUCAUA